AAAAGCAUAUGAGUGGUGCUACGCACGUGCCACAUCCUACACCAAGAGAAGAGAAAGGUCUUCGAAAUGGGAAAUACACAAACAUAACACAUACUCGAAAACCGACCCAACGUUGACAUUAUUUACAACACAACCCAAAAUUCCCCUUUACCAAAAUCUUCUUGCUUUUUCUUCCGAUCAAAAACACUUUCAAAUUUUCUUCAAAUUUCCCAAAUUUCUAAUCAGACUACACUUCUUUUAUGACUUAAAAGAAGAAAAACCCACACAAUUUCAUCUGGGGAUCUGGAAAAUCAAAGCAAAGAUCUUUGCUUUUUCAAUCUUUAUGGAACAGCUCAUCAACUUCAUCAUUCGUCCACCCAGAGCUGAGUAUGAGCCAAACAAUGACUUACUAGAUCAAGAAUUCAUGCUUAAAGGAAAAUGGUUUCAAAGGAAAGAUAUAGAGAUUGUAAAUAGCCGUGGAAAUGUUCUUAAGUGUAGUCACUACUUGCCUAUUGUGAGUCCUGAAGGAAAACCUCUGCCAUGUGUAAUAUACUGCCAUGGAAACAGUGGGAGUCGUGCAGAUGCUAGCGAAGCUGCUAUAAUAUUACUGCCAUCAAAUAUUACGGUUUUUACCCUUGAUUUCUCUGGCUCCGGACUAUCUGGUGGAGAGCAUGUCAGUCUAGGGUGGUAUGAAAAAGAUGAUUUGAAAUCCGUGGUAGAUUAUUUGCGGUCUGAUGGAAAUGUUUCAUUAAUCGGCCUUUGGGGACGAUCAAUGGGUGCGGUAACAAGCCUGAUGUAUGGAGCUGAGGAUCCUUCUAUUGCUGGAAUGGUUCUUGACAGUCCGUUCUCUGAUUUGGUUGAUCUAAUGAUGGAACUUGUCGAUACUUACAAAAUUCGUCUUCCUAAGUUUACCGUUAAGUUUGCCAUCCAGUACAUGCGAAGAGCUAUCCUUAAAAAGGCAAAAUUCGAUAUCGUGGAGCUUAAUACUAUAAAGGUUGCAAAAUCUUCUUUUGUUCCAGUUCUGUUUGGCCAUGCUGGCGAUGAUGAUUUUAUACAGCCACAUCACUCUGAUCGUAUCUAUGAAGCUUACAUGGGUGACAAAAAUAUCAUCAAGUUUGAGGGAGAUCACAAUUCUCCGCGUCCUCAGUUUUAUUUCGACUCUAUAAAUAUCUUUUUUCACAAUGUCUUGCAUCCUCCGGAAGAUGAAGUUAGAGGAAACUACUUUGAUUCAUCUCUUGAUUACCUUGGCACGGACAUUCAUGGAGUUGGAUAUGAAGACGACUUUAUCGUUGCACCUCAAGCAUCGAGUAGCACAGAGGAUGCUAUUAAUCAAGUUCGUUCUAAAAGGCCAAUGAGUAGGACCGAGGUCCCUUCUGAUAUCCCAUCAACAGAUAAACAAUGUAUUUCCGAGGAUGAAGAAAAUGCGACCAAACCUAUCCCGUCAUCUUCGAAAAUGAUCAGUUUUGAGUUUUCUAAUGGUCAUCCUCAUACACCAUCAUCGGCAGAUGAUCAUGAAUAUGUGGAGUACCCGCUGCAUCACAUGGAAGGUUUCCCAUGCGAUAUCGAGGAAGAAGAAAGGAUGCUGAUGGAAGCGGUACUCCUGUCUUUAAAAGAUUUAGAACCAAAACAACCACCUAGCGAUCAACCGCCGGCUGGCGAUAGCAAAUCAUCCGCAACAAAUCCAAGCCCACCUAUACAAACCGAUCCUACUGUACGGGCUUCAACAGCAAGCAGCAGCGGUUCACCUUCUCAAUUCGUGUCUCCGUGUAAUGGCACAUCUUCUGCCGAACGGUCGUCAAAUACGAUUCCUUCUGUUGUUGGUUCAUCUGAUGCCCCCAAAGCGGGCCAGACCAAGCCAGAACAAUCAUCAGUACCUGUUGUUGGUUCAUCUGGUGCUGACAUGGCGGAUCAGACCAAAUCAGAACAAUCAUCAUCAGCAUCUGCUGUUGGUUCAUCUGAUGCUGACAUGGUGGUUGGGACGAAAGCGACAGUGACGGUUGAAAGAAGCCCAUCUAGUAACAUAAUGGAGGGGUUGUUAAAACGUUGGGAUUUUAGCUUCUUUAAGAAUAGAUGAUGAUUUGUUGGUUGUUAUAGGAAGUGUUUGUAUGUUGUUGAUUAUAAUUUUUUUUUGUUUUGAUUUUGGAGGUGGUGUGGUAAUAUUGGAAAUGGAAUGUCAUAGAAAUAUAGGAGGUUGGUGUAUUUUGUUGUAUAUAAGAUUCAGUCUGUUGGUUGUGUUUUACUUUACUAUAUGCAUAGUGUGCAUGCAAUGUUUACAAAAAAUAUGCUUAAGAAAAUAAAUAAAUUUGUAACA